AUGGAAUCUAACCAAACCAAAAAACACCGACUUUAUUUGCUGGCGUUAUUAGGUUUUAAUGCAUUUGUACAUGUGGGGGUGGAAAAAUCAAAAACUCUAUUAGAGAAGGAGAAGCAAACACUCCCUCUGACGUCUGAUUCACGAUCAAUCGAUCUAAGAGAUUCCUGGUUUACUGAAACAAAUAGAAAUGUUGAAGAUCUGUUGCAUUGGAGCUGGAUAUUCCCCCGUAUCACCGCCUGGAACAGCGACACGCUCCCGAUCUACGAGCCAGGCCUAGACGAUGUUGUAAAGCAAUGCAGAGGCAAAAACCUCUUCUUCAGCACCGAUGUAGAAAAACACGUAUGUGAAGCCGACAUAGUCUUCGUCUCAGUCAACACCCCGACAAAAACCCGCGGCCUCGGUGCCGGAAAAGCCGCCGACCUCACAUAUUGGGAAUCCGCUGCCCGCAUGAUCGCUGACGUGUCAAAAUCCGACAAAAUCGUCGUCGAAAAGUCAACCGUCCCGGUCAAAACCGCCGAAGCCAUCGAAAAAAUCCUCACACACAAUAGCAAAGGAAUCAACUUCCAAAUCUUAUCAAACCCCGAGUUUCUCGCAGAAGGAACCGCAAUCCAAGACCUUUUCCACCCCGAUCGCGUCCUCAUCGGGGGACGCGAAACGCCAGGUGGACAAAAAGCAAUCCAAACGUUAAAAUCCGUGUACGCGCACUGGGUCCCGGAAGAAAACAUCAUCACAACAAAUCUAUGGUCCGCCGAGCUUUCGAAACUCGCCGCCAACGCGUUCUUAGCGCAACGUAUCUCCUCCGUGAACGCCAUGUCAGCGUUAUGCGAGGCGACCGGCGCUAACGUGUACCAAGUCGCGUACGCGGUUGGAAAAGACACGCGAAUCGGUCCGAAGUUUUUAAACGCGAGUGUAGGGUUCGGAGGAUCUUGUUUCCAAAAAGAUAUUUUAAAUUUGGUUUACAUAUGCGAAUGCAAUGGUUUACCUGAAGUUGCGGAGUAUUGGAAACAAGUGAUUAAAAUUAACGACUACCAGAAGUCGCGAUUUGUAAACCGUGUUGUCGCGUCGAUGUUCAACACGGUUUCGAAUAAAAAAAUCGCGAUACUGGGGUUCGCGUUUAAGAAGGAUACGGGGGAUACGCGGGAGACACCCGCGAUUGAUGUGUGUAAAGGGUUGUUGGGGGAUAAAGCGUGUGUGAGUAUAUAUGAUCCGCAAGUCACGGAGGAUCAAAUCCAACGGGAUUUGACUUUGAAUAAGUUUGAUUGGGACCAUCCGAUUCAUCUCCAACCGAUGAGUCCGACCGCGGUUAAACAGGUGGCGGUUGUGUGGGACGCGUAUGAGGCGACGAAGGGUGCGCAUGCGAUUUGUAUUUUGACUGAGUGGGAUGAGUUUAAGAGUUUGGAUUAUCAGAGGAUUUAUGAUAAUAUGCAGAAACCGGCUUUUGUUUUUGAUGGGAGGAAUGUUGUGGAUCUUGAGAAGUUGAGGGAGAUUGGGUUUAUUGUUUACUCGAUUGGGAAGCCGUUGGAUGCUUGGCUUAAGGACAUGCCUGCUAUUGCUUAA